AUGGAAAAGGGUCAGGGAGAUCCCCUGGUGAUCACAGAUCCAGCACCACCAUACCCAGGCCCCCCUGCAGGCUUUGACAUGGGAGGCUAUCAGGGAGGCCCUCCGACUGCUAUCUACUCUGUUCAACCUGCAUACCAGUACUCCCAGCAACAGCCUCAGAUCAUACACCCUGUGAAUCCGGUGGUAAUGGUGCAGCAACUGCCAACUGAGGCCCCAGCACACAUGAUGUGUCCUCGCUGCCAAACCACUGUACUCAGUGAAGUCAAGUACAUAUAUGGUUUGUGCACGUGGAUGACCUGUGGGAUACUUGGAGUCUUGAUGUGCUGGCCUUGCUGUUUCAUCCCCUUCUGUGUGGAUGCCAUUAAGGAUGUGCAGCACUCCUGCCCCGAGUGUCACACCGUCCUGCAUGUCUACCAACGCGGAUGA